AUGUUUCUGUCUAAAAUUAGACAAGAUGUCUUAACUCGCUCUGCUUUCAGAGUGAGGUCUCGGAUGUUCCUGAACUCGCCGAAGAGAUCGGUGACCUCAAGCGUGGACUGGAAACCUAUCAAGAGCACCAAGACUCCUAAUGACAAAAGUGAAAACAGUAGUUUUACGAGAAUGAUUUUCCUCGGGCUUAUGAUCGCAAUGCCUGUAGUAUCGUUCUAUCUAGGAUCCUGGCAAUUACGCCGUUUGAAAUGGAAAACCAAUCUCAUCGCUACGUGUGAAGAUAGAUUAACGUACCCUGCGUCUCCGUUACCAAAAGAUUUUCCGCCAGAAGAAGCGGAAAAUUGGGAGUAUCGAAAAGUUAAAAUUACGGGUGAGUUUAAGCAUGAUCAGGAAUUGUUCGUGGGUCCUCGAGUGAGAAAUGGUAUCAAAGGUUAUUUGUUGUUCACACCAUUUGUAAGACAAGACACCGGUGAAAUACUUUUGAUUGAGAGAGGGUGGAUAAGUGACGAUAAGGUCGUUCCAACCAAGAGGAGCUUACACCAUCUUUCAUUACCUACCGGAAAUAUCGAGAUUGAGUGUCUGGUGCGUGUAGCAAAAAAAUUAGGAACGUUUCAAUGGGACAAGGAGGACCGAGACAGCAGAUUAUGGCAGAUUAUCGAUAUCCCUGAUAUGUGUGCAGCUAGUGGAGCAACGCCGCUUCAUUUGCAAUCUCUCUACGACUUAAAAGAUCACAAUUGGGCCCACUGCCCAAACGACGUCAAUCCAAGUGCUUCCACGUCCUCAAAACCAUCUAAGUGGAAAUUUUGGCAAAGAUCUAGCCCACAGGUACAGUCGAGCUCUUCCAGCUCCACCAAUUCCCCAAUAUCCGAUGACGCCGAGUUCAACGAAUGGCAACUUGUCAAGUCCGGGGUUCCGGUUGGAAAAACUCCUAAGAUUGACCUGAAAAAUAACCAUCUUCAAUACUUGGUCACUUGGUAUGGACUAUCGUUCCUCAGCACAAUUUUCUUAAUCGUUGCGCUGAAGCGUAAUCGCGGAGGUGCCGUUUCUCAGGCACAGCUGAAGAAAGAUAAAUUAAGGCAUGCCAAGAAAUAUAUGUGA